UGCAAUCCUCCGGAUGCCUGGCUGACUGGCGGGAGACCCGGAACGGUGUCUGCGCGGAACCACCGGGACAGGCGUCGGGGAACUGCCGGAGGUGCGGAAGGCGCGCCGGGCCUGACAGCAGCCAUGGCGGCCGGUGCGGCCGUCUCCUUGGAGCUGCAGCGCGAGCGGCGCAUGGUGUGCGUGGAGUAUCCCGGCGUGGUGCGCGACGUGAGCAACAUGCUGGCGACGCUGGGCGGCGAGGAGAGCGUCUCCCGAAUCUAUGCAGACCCCACCAAGAGGCUGGAGCUCCACUUCCGGCCCAAGGACCCGUACUGCCACCCGGUGUGUGCCAACCGCCUCAGCGCCACCAACCUGCUGCUGCGCGUCCGGAAGAGGACGCGGCGGCGGCCGGGGGCCCCGCCCGAGGUCACGCUGCACAUGGAGGUUGUGGGCAUCGUGCCCAUUGUCUACAAGUUCCAGGGAAUGUCCGACUUCCAGUACCUGGCCGUGCACACGGAGGCGGGCGGCGGGUGCAGGUCCAUGUAUGACAAGCUGGUCAUGUUGAAGCCCGAGAAGGAGGGCUUCUUCCACCAGGACCUGCCGCUCUACAUCCCCCCGCCCAUCUUCUCACGCCUCGACACCCCCGUGGACUACUUCUACCGGCCGGAGACGCAGCACCGGGAAGGCUACAACAACCCCCCCACCUCAGGCGAGAACCUCAUUGGCUUGAGCAGAGCCCGGCGUCCCCACAAUGCCAUCUUUGUCAACUUUGAGGACAAUGAAGUACCCAUGCAGCCGCUGGAGGCCGCAGUGCACACGUGGGGGAAGGUGUGCGGCAACCCCGUGGACCAGAAGACCGAGGAGGAGCUGCGGAAGCUGUUUGAGAUCCGUCCCAUCUGGUCCCGGAACGCCGUCAAGGCCAACAUCAGCAUCCACCCUGACAAGCUCAAGAUCCUGCUCCCCUUGAUAGCUUACUACAUGAUAACAGGCCCCUGGAGGAGCCUGUGGAUCCGCUUCGGGUACGACCCCCGCAAGCACCCGGAAGCCAAGAUCUACCAAGUGCUUGACUUCCGAAUCCGCUGUGGAAUGAAAUACGGUUACGCCCCUGGGGACAUGCCUGUCAAAGCCAAGCGCAGCGCCUACAACUACAGCCUCCCCAUCACUGUCAAAAAGACAGCCAGCCAGCUUGUCACCAGGCAGGAUCUGAAGCAGGACUCGAACCCUGCGGGCACAGCCGAGCCGCAGAAGUCCUCCUCCAAGUACAAGCUCAAGCUGGGACUCAACUUCCUGACCCACCAACUGCCCCUCCCCCAGGAUUCUGUCUACAUCUUCCGGGAGGGGGCCCUGCCGCCCUAUCGCCAGAUGUUCUACCAGCUGUGUGACCUGAAUGUGGAUGAGCUGCAGAGGAUCAUCCACCGUAACGACGGCGAGGAGCAGCUGUGCACGGAGCGUGACGGGUGGUGCCUCCCCAAGACGAGCGACGACCUGCGGGACAGCAUGUCACUCAUGAUCUGGCACACGAUCCGCUCACGGAGGCCUGCCCUCUUCUCCAGUCCGGCCAAGGCCGACGGCGGCAAGGAGCAGCUGACCGACGAGUCCGGGGAGGAGGACGAGGACGACGAGGAAGAGGAGGAGGACUUCAAGGCCUCAGACGGCAGCGAGAAUGAGAUGGAGAUGGAGAUUCUGGACUACGUGUGAGAGGCCCACAAGCCAGGACCCGGCUGAUGGCAGGUCUCACCCAGGGCUGGCCCAGCAACCAAAGACAGGCAGGGCCAGGACCUUUCGAGGAAAACUGGAAUUGCAGCAAAGGCUGCAGCUGGGCCUUGCUGUGGGUCGCUGCUGUGCGUGGCUGUCUGGCCCUGGGCGGUUGAGGGCAUCCCUGGCCCCACUGAGCUGGCUCUGGUGACCUGGGAUCGGCUGAGGCUGCAGGCAGAGACAGCCCGAGGAGCCUGGCUCACCCGUGGUCACAGACGGCCACGACCCCCUGGGCCAUCUGUGCUGCGUGCAGAGCCUCACCUGUCCCUUUGUUCAGUGGCCUGCCGACAAUGCAGGGGGUGCUGGGGGCAGCUGCCUGCCCUGACUUCCCAGGGUGUGUGGGUUCUGCAGGUUGACGGCCAACAUGCCCACCGUUCUCUUGGCCGCGGCAUACUAUCCCUGCCAAGCCCACUGCCACGGAGAGCUAUGGCAGUGCCACUUCCUGUUGGGCUUGAGCCAUUGGAGGGCCGUCGUCUGACCCCAGUCACCCCAGUGCUGCAGGGCCACCCUGCCCUGUGCCUGGGAUUCCAGGGUCUGUGGUGCUUGCAGCGGGGAUUCCUGGGGACCUGCUUGUAGUGGGACACAAGCCCGCCACCCUGGCCCCUGCGACCCUUCCCUGCCUGUGCUGAGCCCGAGGCGGUGCGGUUCUGGGCUCUCCCUGCUCUCAGCGACCAUUCCAGUCCUUGUGUGACCCUGCAAAACACAGGGGGCCACCCCCACGCUGCUCUCAGCCAGAGCCCAGGGCAGGGUUACGCCCCGGGCCUCGCAGGGUCUCCCCACUUUUCAUCAAGCUUGCGGGAAUCCUCUCAGCACCAGAGCUGGUCUCAGGAAGCAGCCCACGUCCUGGGCAGCACCAGGCGGUCAUGACAGGCCCAGGUUCCCACCGGCCCCCGCUGCCAGUGUUAGGCCAGACGUGCCAUGUCUGUGUCUUCUUGCGUGUGUUUUGCUGGAAUUAAAAUGAAUUUUAAUCAAA